GAGCCUUGGGCGCGGACGGCGGGCGGCGGCGGAGGUAGACGGCGGGCUGGGGGCUGGAGCCCGGGACGCAGACCGAGGCCCAAGUCGGCGGCGGGCGGGGGUCGCGGGCGGCGGCGGGCGUAGUUGCCCCGGCCGGGGACUCAGGUGUUGGGCGGCCGUGGAGCCGGGCCGGCGGCGCAGGUGUGCCGCGUUCGUGCGGUCUCCGCCCGGGGGGUUCGCCGCCGCCGGCCUGUUUUUUUCCCCUCCUCCUCCUUCUGAAUCCGAACCCAGCGUCCACGCCGAGGGUCAUUCUGUGGCUGCUCCCAGAGACUGGCUGAUACUUUAAAGUAAUCCCAUCUUUCUUAAAAAUCUAGUUUGCAAGGGAAACUUUAGAAUGGUCCAUACUAUGAAGGGAAGUAAUGACCCCCCUUGUUAUAAGACUUGCUCCUUUUCCGCUCAAGUCCUGCUCAUGGAGCAGGGCUGGAGUCAAAACGGUGGGACCGCGCCGUGACCAGCCGCUCCCGGGGUUAGACUGUGUAUCAGCGAGGCGGACGCGUUUUUUAUUCUGGUUGAUGACAAUAAAGAUUUCUGAGUGGGGUUGGAGGUCCUCUGCUACCAUCGUAGCUCAGUUGUCCCUGGCAGGAAAGUCCUCGUGGGUCGGGUCACAGCUAAAAGAGCCUCUUGGUGAAAGGUGGGCCCAGCCAGGGCAAAGGGCAGAAUUCUCCAGGGUGAGGUGCGCUCCCCUCCCACCAGAGCCGUGAGUGCUUUACGAAUGGAGACUGAGUUUUCCAGAGUUUUGAAACUAUCCCCAGACAUGAGGGGGGAAGUAACACACUCUUUAAAGGGGGGACCUAAGUUAGUGCCAGCCCUUAAAUGACAGUUCUCUGUGUGUCCUUUGGAUUAAGGCAGCUUCGGCCCUGGAGAGAACUGGGAGAGGUUUAGGUGUUUCAGCAAGAUUGGGGCCAGAGGGAGAAAUGGCUUUUCUGCCUUUGGUCUGACCAGGUCCGGGGCAAACGCCCAGGUGCUCUGAGAAGCGUGGGUGAAGGCCAGUCCCGCACCUGUAGCCACUCUCAGGCCCUUCCUGGAAAUGGGUUGGGUGGGCCCGGGGCAGUCUCUUAUCACCUCCUGCCUGCGAAGCCUGACCCCGGGUCCGUUUAUAGGGAUGCAGAUUAGCUCCAGAUAGGAGCUGACCUAUAAAGAGAAUUAUUACCUAAAAAUCAAGGAAGAGGAAGUUAUAAACAUGUGACCGGCCUUAUAAAUUUUUCUUGGCUCGGCAUUUGGUGAAAUUAAUUUGCGAGCGUACAGGACGUUGGUUGAUGGAUCACACUGCAGGAGGCUCUCAGGCUUUUAGUGCUCAGACUCGUGGCAGGGCGACAGUGGCAGUUGAGGAUGUGCGACCGGAACGGCGGCCGGCGGCUGCGGCAGUGGCUGAUCGAGCAGAUCGACAGCGCCAUGUACCCGGGGCUGAUCUGGGAGAACGACCAGAAGAGCAUGUUCCGGAUCCCCUGGAAACACGCGGGCAAGCAGGACUACAACCAGGAGGUGGACGCCUCCAUCUUCAAGGCCUGGGCCGUCUUUAAGGGGAAGUUUAAGGAAGGGGACAAGGCCGAACCAGCCACGUGGAAGACGAGGCUACGCUGUGCUUUGAACAAGAGCCCGGAUUUUGAGGAAGUGACAGACCGGUCCCAGCUGGACAUCUCUGAACCAUAUAAAGUUUACCGCAUUGUCCCCGAGGAAGAGCAAAAAUGCAAACUGGGCGUGGUGGCCCCUGGCUGCAUGAGCGAAGCCACAGAGAUGGAGUGCGGGCGCUCGGAGAUCGAGGAGCUGAUCAAGGAGCCCUCCGUGGACGACUACAUGGGCGUGGUCAAGAGGAGCCCCUCCCCGCCGGAGGCCUGCCGGAGUCAGCUCCUCCCCGACUGGGGGCUGCCGCAGCCCAGCGCAGGCCUGCCGCUGGUGCCCGGGUACCCGGCCUACGAUGCUCACCACUCAGCCUUCUCCCAGAUGGUCAUCAGCUUCUACUACGGGGGCAAGCUCGUGGGCCAGACCACCACCAGCUGCCCCGAGGGCUGCCGCCUGGCCCUGGGCCCGCCCGGCCUGCCCAGCGGCAAGCUGUACGGGCCCGAGGGCCUGGAGCUGGUGCGCUUCCCGCCGGCCGACGCCAUCCCCAGCGAGCGGCAGAGGCAGGUGACGCGGAAGCUGUUCGGGCACCUGGAGCGCGGCGUCAUCCUGCACAGCAGCCGCCAGGGCGUGCUGGUCAAGCGGCUGUGCCAGGGCCGCGUCUUCUACAGCGGCAACGCGGCGCCGGGCCGGGACGGGCCCAACAAGCUGGAGCGCGACGAGGUGGUCAAGGUCUUCGACACCAGCCAGUUCUUCCGAGAGCUGCAGCAGUUCUAUAACAGCCAGGGCCGGCUCCCCGACAGCCGGGUGGUACUGUGCUUUGGAGAAGAGUUCCCAGAUAUGACGCCCCUGCGCUCCAAGCUCAUCCUCGUGCAGGUGGAGCAGCUCUACGUCCGGCAGCUGGUGGAAGAAGCCGGCAGGAGCUGCAGCGCCGGCUCCAUGAUGCAGGUGCCGGAGGAGGCCCAGCCAGACCAGGUCUUCCGGAUGUUUCCCGAUAUCUGCGCUUCAUACCAGAGACCCCUCUUCCGAGAAAACCAGCAGAUCACAGUUUAAGUGUCUCUCUCGGGAGCCCCACCCCGGCCGCACCUGGCAUUCCGGUACUGCGGAUGUGGAGCCCUCGGACGGGGCGGAAGGCUUCCCUCUGCUCUCCCUGCAGUAAGGGCGCUCGGAGGACUGGCAGGAAGGCAGAGCCGGGCCCCUUCCCUGCUUGGAGCAAGCCGUGGACGCGCACAGCGGCCGGCAUGUGCGCUGGGACCGCGGCAUUUCUUCCUCGUUCUCCUCAGGCCUCCGAGGCCUCCAGCACUUGGGGGCACUCGGAGCUUCCAAAGAUGCGGCUUUCCAUUUGACUAGUAAGGAUUUCCUGUGCUUGCUUCCGUGGGAACUGUCCUUUGACUUUUAGGCAUAUGAAUAAGAUUUGAAAAGACCCGGAUACCAGCCUUCCAAUCGGUGAGAGCGCACGCCGUGGAAUUCGGGGCCAGCAGCGCCCUGACAUCACCAGGGACCCUGGUGUGUUUCCAUCUUCAGACCGUGAAACCCUGCUUUAGGGCCUUGGUGGCCAGAAACUGUAGAGCUAGGUUUAUUUUUUCAUUCCUGUAAUUAAGUAAUCCUGAUACGUCUGUCUCUCCUUAUUUCUAAAUAGUUUUGACUGGUUUUAAUUGCCGUAUGUUAAAUUAAUUGUCCUAUUGUAAAAUGCCUUGAUCUUUUUAAUAAAAUGGGCAAGAUGGAAAACCACCAGAUCCCAAAGUAACAGAA